AUGGACGGUUCAGUAAGUGUUAUUACCAAUCCCUCUGUUAAUGUGCGCCUUACAACCACCAUAUCGUCCUUUGAAGUGAAGCGACGGUUCGACAGAGGGAUUUCCAUUGCAGAACUGAAGGGCAAACUGGAAAUGGUGGUGGGUGCUCCCGCCUCGAGCAUGGACCUAGAAUUGUUCAGCACGUCAGACACGUUAUUGCAAAAGUUGGACAACGAUAACGCUUUGCUGGGCUCCUAUCCUGUUGAUGAUGACUGCAGAAUACAUGUUAUCGAUCGAAGUGGGGGCCAGUUGGGAGAAUUUACCGACGUCACCAAAGUGGAAAAGUAUGUCAUGGCGGACGAGGAUUAUGAAAAACUAACAGAUUCGGCAAGAUCCUUCAUGAAAAAGCAGUCAUUCGGUCGUUACAAUGAGGAGGAUAUGGCCAGAAAGAAAGCUGAAAGCAUCGCUCGGGAGGAGGAGCAUCGGGUGGCGGCGGAAGCUAUUUCCGUGGGCAGCCGUUGCCAAGUGCGCGUACCUGGGCAGCCAGUUAAAGUUGGGACCGUCAUGUUUGUUGGAACAACAGAUUUCAAGUCAGGCUAUUGGGUGGGAGUUAAAUAUGAUGAACCACUGGGGAAAAACGAUGGCAGCUGCGAGGGCAAGCGCUACUUUGAGUGCGGGAAGAACUAUGGUGCGUUUGUAAGGCCAUUAAGCGUGACUGUAGGAGACUUCCCAGAGGAGGAUUAUGGUUUAGAUGAAAUGUAG